UUCAACACUCACUACACAUCCAGAACAGAUCGGUUGGCAGCUGUAGAACAGUCAAAUAAAUUUUUACCCUGAACACAUUGUAUUUUUUUCAUGCGAGAACAAGAGUUUUAAAAAUUUAUCAUUUACGAUUCGGGACCCGCAAAAUUCACGUGAAUGUUGAGGACCAUCCAGACCAGUGCUGGCCAACCGGUGCGUUGCCUGGCCACCUUCGGCUCCAGAUUCACGUACCAGAGCCAACCGAUGUCGCAGCUCCGCGUGGAGAACCACUACCAGGUGCUGAACGUGCCCGUGGGCUCCAGCGACCGGCAGAUUAAGCUCGCCUUCAUAGAGUUGUCGAAGAAGUACCAUCCGGAUGCAAAUAGCCAGACCAGCGACUCGGAGGUCUUCAUGAAGAUCUGCGAGGCCUAUCAGACGCUGCAUCGGCAAAAUUCCAGGCAGAUCUACGACUCCAGACUCCGGAUGCAGAACCAAAACAAAUCUCCGCAGGAAUCAACGUUUACCGGAAGACGAGUCUAUACGGUGUGGUCGCAGUAUCAGUCCGCCGUCCGGAGCAAGCAGAUGGGAAGGGGUUCCCGGCGGUUUGGGGGCGUAAAGCCGAGCAUCUUCAAGGGAAAGAUGGUCAACAAAUGGCUGCCCAUGCCAACGACCUUUGAUGACCUGAAGCGGUUGGGGCUUAAGGGAUCGUGGCACGAUGAAUACUCCUUUCCCAAUAGUCCUAUUUUCUACCUAUACAUAGCUGGAUUCUUUUUGGUGGGUGGACUGGUUCUAAUGGACGUGAUCGGUAGAUUCCAAGAGCAAUCAUCCGUGGAGAAGGACAUCGAAAUCUUGCUUAGCGAAAAGGAUCUGGAGACUUCAACAACAACACAUCCAAUCCCUCUAUCUGCAUAAUUUUUCUAUCUCAUCCAUAUGCAUAGAUCAUUGUCUUCGUUGUACUCCCUGGUCUCGUUUGAAAGAAAAAUAUAUAAAUCUGUUUGUUAA